UUGAAUGGAGACACAUGCAGUUUUUUUCAUUGGUUGUUGACGCCCACUUAUGAUCACGUGGUAGUGACCAAGACACGCCUUAUUUCGUUGAUUUACACAGGAGAAUGAGGGCCUUACCCUGGAGUGCGAUAAAAAAGGAUAUAGUGUUCGUCAAGAAGUAAGAGAAAGAUGAAAAAAGGGGAUUCAUGGCGAAAAGGUGUUCUUUGAAUGUCCGUCCUCUCCAGUGUUCUCACCUGCGCCAGGCUACAGUAUACGUCAAGAACUGACGCCGAACGGUCAUGAUAAGUUGUUUUUGUUCUCAUCGAUACUCUGAUCCGUGAUGAAUAAACGUUUGUAUUUUUAUUGGUGAUACAGCGAUAUAAAAUAUUAAAAAUGUGAACUAAAAGUGAUAAUUAUUUUUAAAAAUUCUAUCAUCAAAUGAUACACUGUGUAACUUACAACUUUAAGAAGACGUUCAUGAUCUUUGAAAAAGUCAGUAGAAAAAAAAAAUAAUAUUAAUGUCAUUAUUCAAAUAUGAGGAUGAUGAGGAUGGAUUUAGGUAUGUACGGGACUUACAAUAGCAAGCCCGAUUCCUAUUAUAGUUUUCAAAAUACUAUUCAUCUUCUAUCAACUCCAGAUGAUAACGUUCGGAUAGUAGAGCCUCCAGAAUCCGCAAGUCAACAUAAUUAUUUACAAUCGACGGUUAUACCAUACACGUCAACGUCAUCUGAUGAUUUUAUGAAUACGGAAUCCAUUUCAACUUCCGAAGUUUUAUCUCAGAUGUACUAUGCAUCACCAUCUGGUACACAACCCGAAGAAGGUACUGCUAUAAUAUCUUCUGAAAAUGGUCUCAGUUACACUAAUUUAGAUUGUACUAACUACUCAAAUAGUCAACAUCAGCAACAAGAUAUGUUAUAUCAUAAUGAUUCAUUUCAUCAAAUCUGUAAUCCAAUCGAAAAUUUUGACCAAAAAGAUAGUCAACAAAUUUCGUCAAAAAUGUAUCAGCAGACUAUCACCAUACAACUUCCUUUUAAUACUAAGUCAGAUUAUGAACCAUUUAAUCACUCUCAAUCUAGUCAAUCUUAUCAUUUUGAUAGUGGAUAUCAAAUAAGUUCUUCAAAUCCAUCAAAUUAUGAUGAUCACGUUUCAUCAUCAGAAAAUACUCUGCGAUUAAGUACUCAGGUAUCGACUGUGUUCAAACAAAAUGAGUGUUCUGGGCAACCGAUGGGGCACAACAAAGAUAAAAAUUCGGACCUCAAGUUAUUUCGUCCAAAUCACCAACAUACCGAAAAUAAAAAUUAUGAUCAAGUCUUCUAUCAGUAUCCUAACCGAACUCAAGAUCGUUUCUGUUGUAGACCACAACAACAAUCAACUCACAUACCAACUUAUAAGUGGAUGCAAGUUAAAAGAAAUAUUUCUAAGUCUAUUGCUUCAAAAAGUAAUCAAAAUAAAGCUGAACUUGGACAUGUUGAAACUUCUAGUGCAGCUUUUAUAUCUAUUUAUACUUCACCAUCGUCCACUCCUAGAAAUUGUUUAAAUGCACCACUUAAUGGGUUAUUAACUAAUUUCAAUAAUACUGGACGUACAAAUUUUACAAACAAACAGUUAACUGAAUUAGAAAAAGAAUUUCAUUUUAACAAGUACCUGACAAGAGCUCGAAGGAUUGAGAUUGCAUCAGCUUUGCAACUCAAUGAAACACAAGUUAAAAUUUGGUUUCAAAAUCGACGGAUGAAGCAAAAAAAAAGAAUUAAAGAAGGACUUAUACAUAGUGAUAAUCUCAAUGUAAAUUCAACUAUAAAUUCACAGUUUGGCGGUGCACGGAGUAAUACUAACUCACCUAUCGAAUUAGAGGGACUUGAAAAUACUGGGCCUUCUACAUCUCAAGAGUUGAAUAAAAAUGUCUGAAAUUUUUGAACUCUAGUGUCUCAGGAAUAAAAUUGUGAACAAGCAUAAUAAUUUGACGUAUGGCCCUUAUGAGACGAUAGUCAAUAAGGAAAAAAAAUUAAUUUCUGUAUUAUCUUUUUGUGUUCCAUAGUAAUAAAAUUAAAAAGAAACCUUUUAAAAUAUCUGUAUAUCUAGAUUCACUUCUCAUAAAAGGUUUGAAUUGAUCAUUAAUUUUAAGUCCAUUAUUUACAAUAUUUAUUUUAUUUAUUAAAAAGACAUUAUGAGAAGAAUGAUUUUUAUUGAUUUGAUUUACUCGUUACUUAUUUCAUGAUCCUCCAUGGUAAAGUUUUGUUCAUCACCAGUGAUCAUCCCUUACACAGUUAACUCUUUCGCGUAAUUGUGACAUAAAAGUGACGUCACGCAGUACCACACUUUAUGGUACGAAGCGAAUUGUACGUGCGAGUCAUGUGUGAAUCGUUAUUUUACAGUUCUUUACGUUAAAAGUUUGAUGUAACUUAUAUACCGAAUAUGCGUCAUCAUGAUCUUCAUUUGAAUAUGACUUAUAAGCAGUGAUGUAAUGACGACGUAAAGUUGUUCAAGGAACAGUGACGCCGGUACAUUUACGCCAUCAAGUAAAACUGACAUCGUAAUUUUGUAGUCAAUAACUUAUGUAUAAUAGAAUUUAAGGACGUGUGCUGUAAAUAUUGCAUACAAUCAUAUGUAAGAUUAUUAAUACUACAGAACUGUAUUAUAAUUUAUUAUAGUUGAGUCCGCAAAAGAAUGUAAUUUUUUUCCCCACCAUUUUUCUACAAUUAUCGUUACUGCGCAUGUGCCCUAGUGUAAAUAUAUGUCCUUCAAAGAAGCCAAGGAGCGGGAGGAAAGAGCAUUCUUUUGCGGAAACAAUACUGGUGGAUUACUAGGCUCGAACCUGGAUCCUUCCGAUUAUAAAUCCUUGCUGCUAUCUACUACGCUGACCCACGUAAAUGAUCGUGUAUGAAUAAAUAGUAUAAUUAUUGAUAAGUUUUAUAUAGGCGGGAAAAUGAAAAAUGACAUGCAUAAGCUGAUAGUAGAAACUUUGAGAGGAAAACCGGCAGUAGAAAAUAGGAUUAAGGGCUAUAUAAUAAGCGAUAAGAAAAGGAGAGUUACGAGAGUGGUGGUGUUAGAAACGUGUAAACACAUAAUGGAUGAAUGGGACAACUGUGAUUUUCAAAUUAAGGAGUUAUACCAAAGCAUUGUAAAAUAUGUAGUAAACAAAUUGCAAAUAUUCUGUAAGAACAUGCAAUUAAAUAAAAUUAUUAUUAUUAUACUAAACUUAUUACUUGCAACUGAAAAUUUAUAAUGCAUUACAAAAAUAAAUUUUAUUGCUCCCCGUCACCUUGGUUACGGCCAUAA